GCGCAUUGGUCAAUUUCAGAUCCUGUACCUUCCAUCGAAUGUGAAAACCGAUGCUGGCCUCAAGUGUUAUUUGAGGGCUUCUGGACGCUUGUUGUGCUCUCCACUGCAUGCGCCUAGCGUGUGGGAGUCUUGUUCGAUGGCCUAGAACAUCAUGCCGUCGAGCAUUCUUGCUUGAGGCACAAUAUCAUCAGUAUUCAUCUAGAUAUCAUCAGACUGACCGCGAUUCCAUCGACCGUCCACGAUGGCUGUAUGCUCUCAGGCGUGGCAUCUCGACUUUGCCCGCAGGCCCGGCAGACCGUCCAUCAGGAGGUCUGGUGGUGACUUCACAACCAUACGCCAAUCUCGACCAUGAAUCAGACAGAGCAGAAUGGGAGAUCCUACUUGAUGAUGCGAUUCCUUUUGGCAUUCGAACCAAGGAGCAGCUCUGUUUCGAAGCAGAUGUCGGACACCAGGCAGACAUCGGCUCGCGUCUUGUUGACAAACUAGCGUGGCGACAAGACAUCGAAUUAUGGCAUGUUCUGCUCAGGGCGCAAGCCCUCAUGAACGGACACGAAGGUAUCAAGGUCAUCUGGAAAGCGGCGAAUCACCGUGGAAAGGCGGUUCGGUUCAACAACAAGGACCCUCGGGUCAAUGCACUCUGGUCCACCUUUCUUUCGGCUGGUAGCGUCGAUGCUCAGUUCCUUUCAACACUUUGCAAGAUGUCCUUGCGUUCCAACAUUGACCGCCCUGCUUUGUUUGCUGAGAUAGUGGGCGCUGCACUCGAAGGAAAUCACCCUGAGAGGGCUCCCAGACUCGCGUCCUGGUUUGUGCCUCCACAGUCUACCCGGUAUAGAGGGCGGGAAGACCUAUUAGGUGCGUUUCCCGCAGCGUGUCAAUCAGACAGCGCUGGUGCAUUGAAAGAAUUCUGCAAGGUCUACGAUGUCGUCCCGUCAACACACAUCUACACCGAAGUCAUUUCGGCGCUAUGGGAACAAGAGCGGCCUUCCGACGCAUUCGAGGUGCAUUCACAUCUGGUCUCCAGAGGUGACCUACCUCCUCAGUUUGAGCUGCUCGCGCCGUUUAUCAGUCACCUAGCAGCACAUAACAAACCUCUCGGCAGCUUCUUAAGCCCUCUCAAUGCUGCAGGAGCUUCAUUCGAGGCUCAAGCGCAUCGGUUAUGGGACAGAGAAAGGAGCAGAUUUAACGGGCUACCGACCGAGUCCCUGAACAUUGUCGCGAGCCAUACUUUGGGCGUGAAGCCGAAGAAACUCAGCGAUGACUUUGUUGCGCGAGCAUUUGCUACACGAGCUUUUUCAUUUGAUUUUGCUGUCAAUAGUCUAAGAUUGAUUGGACUUAUCGAAGUUGGCCCACUCGCUGUUCGGCAACUGGCAUUGACUGCACCUGAUCUUUCCACGUUGCGGCUCAGGUUCGAGAGGUUGGCUGAGCUCGAAAUCGACACUGGCUCUUCAGCAUUUGUUCAAACUGUCAAAACCGUGUGCAACGCUGGACGUUGGGAGAUGGUUCAAACACUGGUGAAUAAUGACCUUCAUCAUGAGGUGUUUGAGGAUUCAGCGUUACUCGAACGGCUUUUGACCGAAUACUGCCAAACACGAGAUUGGCCUCAGAUCAACCGGACACUGACGAUUUUGUGCCGGGGAGAAAUGAAUGACAAAGCCCAGGCUCGUUCAGCUACACUGCUCUUCAAGUCAAUGCUGCGCAUCCGAGAUUUGAACGGUGCUUUAAAAGCACUGAAUAGUCUCCGAGCACUGGGAGAGGACGUAAGUCGGGCUUCACCACGGCUCACAGGGAUGAUACUCCAAUGCAUGUGCCUGGACAAAGUAAAUCGAACACAUGGGAACGAUCUGAUUGCGUCCUUGACCGGAUUGAUGCAGGAUAUGAUAUCUACCGGGUCAAGCUUUCCGGUAAAAUACUGGCGAGGGCCACUACGGGCAUUAGGUCAAAUGGGUCGCAUCAACGAACUCGAAUGUCUGAUUUACUGGAUUGCUGAAUGGUAUAAGCCGAGAGGAUUGUACGAACGGGUCUACAUGGGAGUCCCCUCCCAACGGUCUCUGAAUGACUUCUUUGGAGAGACCUUCCAGAAGUUUAUCAUGUUGUGGUGUUUCAAGGCCCGUAAGGGCACGCGCAUGGUUCAUCCGGAGCAAUCUAUGCGAUGGACACGCAUUCUGAAGAAACUCCGUGACCACUACAAUAUUCCGGUGAAUGAAUACGCCGUUCGCUGGAUCUUUAUCCGUCGUCUUCGGCUGAUAUUUGGGACGGAGAUGCGCCUCAAACAUCGUAGCUGGAUACAACGCUACCACACCGUCACCCUUGAUCGAUACUGGAACUUAUACGACAAGAUGUGGGAUGCGAGACCAAAGGACAAGGUGAAAUACUGCGACAGGAUGGAGGUUGUACUUCAUGGCGGCACGCGAAGAACAGGUAGACGGCGCCGAAUGAUCACAUUUCGGUCACCUGAACAAGAACGUGGGCAGCGAUACCUGAACAGUGAUAUUGUCAUGUAUAGAGACUUGUUCAAUGCGACGUGGGAGGACUAUCAGAAACAAUAGAUUGAUCUUGUUGAAUGACUCAAUCGGAUGUGAGGGAAUAGUAGUGAAUAUACUCUGUACAAUGAAUCGGAAAUGAAACUCUAA